UUUUUUUUCUUCUUUCUUUUUCUUUUUCUUUUUUCUUUACUUUAUACAUAUUAUAUAUUUUUAUUUAUUAUUAGUCUAUCAUGACAGAUUACUUACAUAUUAUAUCUCAAGCUAAACUUGCAGAAUAUUAUGAUACACGAACUGAUUUACCUAUAAGAAAGUAUGUUCUUAUUGCAAAUAUGUUACGAAAAACAACAGUACAAGAAGAAAAGGCCGAAGAAGAAUGGUUAGAUACAUGUUUAAACGCGUUAGAUCAACAAGAUGAUGAUAUGAAUGAUGAUAACAAAAGACAACCUAUCACUGUACGACAUUAUUCUUUUACAUCUCAACCAUUUAAGAAAUCAUCAUCAACAGAACAACAGCAAAAUCAACAUGAAGUGAACAUCUAUCAAAUAGUCUUACCAUAAAUCAAAAAAAUCAUUGAAAUCGGAGAACUAAUUUCACCU